AUGGAGUCCGAGGAAAGCCAAGCACCAAAGAGGGAAAGGUACGGCUUGAUGAAGGUCUGGCAAAGGGUCAAAGACAUUUUCGAAGAUCGACCCAGAAGUCCCCCAGAGGCUACUACUGCCACAACACUAGCAGCCGUCACGACUGAAUCCUCCGCGCCCGGAGAAUCUGAACCUCAGCCGGGAUCGAAGUCCCAACCCGCUGCCACUGUGCAACCACCUCCGAUUGAAGUGGAUGAUACCAUCGAAGCAUCUCCGGCCACCUUUGAGCCGACCACACAAGCACCGUCAGGCCCGCCUACAACUACACAGCCGGACCCCCAAGACGAAGCGCAAAUGCGAUUUAGCAGAGUCCAGGCAAUCUUUGCCAAAUACAACCUCGAGUUGAGUGCGGCCGACUGGGACAUGAGACCCAAACAACCUUAUGAGAGAGUCGCGAAGAACAUUAGAAUGAGGGUCAGAUACACCUGCCAUAAUUGCUCCACCACCUUUGGAUCGGACAAAGUCUGCGCAGCGUGCCAACACCGACGCUGCGCUCAAUGCCCGAGAUACCCACCCAAGAAGAAACAACCGCGACAAAAAGCGACAGAUCCCAAUCCUGCCGAAGGCCUCCCAGGGCCACCUUGCUCCAACGCUCAAGCGAUAUGUCACGAAUGCAAGACGGGGUUCGAAAAUAGCGUUCAAGAAUGCCCCAAUUGUCAUCACCAGAUAUGUGACCGAUGUCUUCAAGAAGCCAUCAUCACCUUGGAACAACCUUUCGACAAUCCUGUCGAACCCAAGGUGGGCGAACAGCGGACCACUACCCCAAACUAG